UUCUUCCUGCUCUCAAACACAGUCAGCUCCUCUCUGUCCACAUGUUUCCUGUUCCCUCCCCUUCAGAUCUACAGUUUGAAGAUGGGUGGAACCAACAUGGCGGUGAAGUGCAGGAGCUGACAGGCCUCAUUCACUGCAGAGACACAUGUUGUUUAGAUCAGAGCUCAGACUGGUUUCACUUUUGAUGAAAGUGAAAGUCUGACAGUUGUUGUUGCUGAGAGGUGAAAUGGCGCAGAAAGGAGUUCAGCUGGACCACGAAACCUUCUGUUGUUCGAUCUGUCUGGAUCUACUGAAGGAUCCGGUGGCGAUUCCCUGUGGACACAACUACUGCAUGGACUGUAUUAAAACCCACUGGGAUGAAGAGGAUGAGAGGAGAAUCCACAGCUGCCCUGAGUGUAGGAAGACCUUCACACCGAGGCCUGUCCUGAUGAAAAACACCAUGUUAGCAGUUUUAGUGGAGCAGCUGAAGAAGACUGGACUCCAAGCUGCUCCUGCUGAUUCCUGCUAUGCUGGACCUGAAGAUGUGGCCUGUGAUGUCUGCACUGGGAGAAGAUUCAGAGCCCACAAGUCCUGUCUGGUCUGUCUGGUCUCUUACUGUGAGAAACACCUCCAGCCUCACUAUGAUGUGGCUCAGUUUAAGAAACACAAGCUGGUGGAGCCCACUGAGAAGCUCCAGGAGAACAUGUGCUCUCGUCAUGAUGAGGUGAUGAAGGUGUUCUGCCGUACUGAUCAGCAGUAUAUCUGUUAUCUCUGCUCCAUGGAUGAACAUAAAGGCCACGACACAGUGUCAGCUGCAGCAGAAAGGACUGAGAGGCAGAGAGAAGUUGAGGUGAGUCUACAAAACAUCCAGCAGAGAAUCCAGGACAGACAGAAAGACCUGAAGGUGCUUCAACAGGAGGUGGAGGCCAUCAGUCGCUCUGCUGAUAAAGCAGUGGAGGACAGUGAGAAGAUCUUCACUCAGCUGAUCCAUCUCAUGGAGAAAAGAAGCUCUGAUGUGAAGCAGCAGCUCAGAUCCCAGCAGCAAACUGAAGUGAGUCGAGUCUUGGAGCUUCAGGAGAAGCUGGAGCAGGAGAUCACUGAGCUGAAGAGGAAAGACGCUGAGCUGAAGAAGCUCUCACACACAGAGGAUCACACCCAGUUUCUACACAACUACCCCUCACUGUCAGCACUCAGUGAGUCCACACACUCAUCCAGCAUCAACAUCCGUCCUCUGAGAUACUUUGAGGAUGUGACGGCUGCUGUGUCAGAGCUCAGAGACAAACUACAAGACGUCCUGAGGGACACAUGGACAAAUGUCUCACUGACUGAAGUGGAUGUUUUACUGCCACAACCAGAGAUCAAGACCAGAGCUGACUUCUUAAAAUAUUCAUGUGAAAUCACACUGGAUCCAAACACAGCAUACACAUGGCUGUUAUUAUCUGAGGGGAACAGAAAAGCAACAAGAAUGAAUCAACUUCAGUCUUAUCCUGAUCACCCAGACAGAUUCACUGGCUGGUGGCCUCAGGUCCUGAGCAGAGAGAGUCUGACUGGACGUUGUUACUGGGAGGUGGAGUGGAGAGGGAGAGGAGUUUGUGUAGCAGUCGCAUACAAGAAUAUCAGCAGAUCAGGGAGUGGACAUGAAUGUGGAUUUGGACGAAAUAAUAAAUCUUGGUCAUUAUAUUGUGACAAAAAAAAGUAUAAGUUUUGGUACAACGAUGUCCAAACUGCUGUCUCAGGUCCUCCGUCCUCCAGAGUAGGAGUGUACCUGGAUCACAGAGCAGGUAUUCUGUCCUUCUACAGCAUCUCUGAAACCAUGACUCUCCUCCACAGAGUCCAGACCACAUUCACUCAGCCUCUCUAUGCUGGACUUAGACUUUAUGGUUAUGGAGACGCUGAGUUCUGUAAGCUGAAAUAGACAGAAGUCAUUUAAUUCUCAAUUUAAUUGAGUGUUCAGAGUUCAGAACUCUUAAAGGUGAAAUACAUCCCUUUCACUGUUGUGUGUCGUUUACACAAUGAAGUUUAGGGGGGAAAGAAGAAAGCAGCAUUAAGAAAGUCACAGUUCUGGUAAGUCUAAUUGCUGCAUGAAGUUUCCACUGUCUUACUGACUCUGAACAUUCAGAUGUCACAACGUAAAUGGAUUAUUUACAGCUUUUUCUUUUCAACAGUUUCAAUUCUUUUGGCUAAACAAAACAUCUCAUACUGUGAAGCUUCUGUUAGUUUUUUAUGGGACAAUGUUGUACAACAAAUGCUGCUUUAUGCAGUUAGACACCAAAAGGUCAUUAUGAGCUUGUUUAAUGUGUCUUUAGGGAAACAAUGACUUGUGAGCCAGUGUCUUUCACAUGCUGAAGAACAGCAGCUCUGCCAAGUCUGGUUAAACCUCAGUGCUGCCACAACAAUGACAUGAUCACAUGAUCCUCACUGUUUUAAAGUUCAGUAAAUCAUGACACAUCACUGGAGACCUUUUGUGACUGGUUGUAGGGUUUAUUAUAGAUGUAAAUGUAAUUUUUUAUACAAUUUAAGGCCUGGGUUGGUGAAAUUGAAGCAUUUAAUUGUAUUGUUUUGCAGUAUAACGAGACAUCAAGCUCCAUUUUGUUUCAUCACUAAUGUUAAAGCCUUAAACACUUUCUGUCACAUCUACAGUGAGUUAUGAGCCUCCAUAAGACUCUUGAACUUAUAACUCAUUAUAUGUAACAUCUAUAAGGUUUUAUGGCUGUUGACUUAGUGCAUCGGAAAGGACCAUGAAUGCAUUAUAAUACAGUAUGAAUGCACUACUGAUGAGGUGUUGAUAGAAAGUGUUACGACCCGGGGGACCUUCUGGGGGACCGAGUGUGUUGUGUGUAUCAAAGCCUGAUAUCCCUUAUUGCUUCUUGCUUUCUGUCACAGAGUUUCAUGGUUGUUCAAAAACUAUUAAAAACACACCAGUGAGCCA